AUGUCAGCAAGACCAUUGACCUUAGAAUUACCAUGGGUUGAAAAAUAUCGUCCUCAUGUAUUAAAAGAUAUCGUAGGAAAUGAAGAAACCAUCUUACGAUUAGAACAAAUUGCUCAAGAUGGUAACAUGCCUCACAUGAUUAUAUCAGGUCUCCCUGGUAUCGGUAAGACUACUUCUAUUCAUUGUCUUGCUCAUGAACUAUUGGGGGAUGCUUAUUCUCGAGCCGUAUUGGAAUUAAAUGCGUCUGAUGAUAGAGGUAUUGAUGUUGUUAGGAAUCAAAUCAAACAUUUUGCUCAAAAGAAAUGUUAUUUACCACCUGGUAAACACAAGAUUAUUAUUUUGGAUGAAGCUGAUUCUAUGACUGCUGGUGCUCAACAAGCGCUAAGAAGAACUAUGGAAUUGUUUUCUAAUUCCACUAGAUUCGCAUUUGCUUGUAAUCAAUCGAAUAAGAUUAUUGAACCAUUACAAAGUAGGUGUGCCAUUUUACGUUAUUCUAAAUUGUCCGAUGAACAAGUAUUGAAAAGGUUAUUGGAAAUUAUUAAGUUAGAAGAUGUCAAAUAUACUAAUGAUGGGUUAGAGGCGAUUAUAUUUACCGCAGAAGGUGAUAUGAGACAAGCUAUAAAUAAUUUACAAAGUACAGUUGCUGGACAUGGACUUGUUAAUGGUGAUAAUGUUUUCAAAAUUGUAGAUUCACCUCAUCCAUUAAUAGUACGCAGAAUGUUGUUGGCUCCUACAUUAGAUGAAGCACUAACCUAUUUGAGAGAUGAUCUUUGGGGGAAAGGAUAUUCUGCUGUUGAUAUUGUCACAACGAGUUUCCGUGUAACGAAAAAUUUAUUUGAACUUAAAGAAAAUAAGAGACUAGAAAUGAUUAAAGAAAUUGGUAUAACUCAUAUGAGAAUUUUAGAAGGUGUGAGUACUUAUCUUCAGUUAGCUAGUAUGCUAGCAAAGAUUCAUUCUUUGAAAUAA